AUGGGUCACUCGGACCUCGUUACUGUGGGACACUUCGCUAUCCUCACUCCGAGAUUGGUCCUCGUUCCUACCCCAGUCGCAGUAGAUUUGAGUCCAUACCGGGCACUCUACUCUGAACUGCAUGCAGAUGUAGCAUUCUGUGAGAUGGCCUUUGGUCAUCAUUUUCCAGCGCGGAGAUGGACUGACCAAGAGACCCGUGACGUGAUCCAAUCACGCGAUAUCGAACGUUGUUGGAAAAUCCGAGGUUUGGGUGAUUUCGCUGUGGGAUUUCGCCCGCCUACCGAAAUGAACGAAGUCGGGAAUCAAUAUCUGCCAGAGACAGAUAUCACCGAGUUUCGGAUCAUCGAAGGUCAAGAUUUUGUGCAACUUGCUGGGCCGAGUAAAACCCACCUAGCGGACAUCGAAUGGGUAGGAUACGCAGGUGUCCGUGAUGCAACAACAACUUCGAUGCCAUUGCCGGAACCUGGCGAUCUCGAUCUGCCAUCAUGGGUCGAGAUGAUUGAAAUACGAUAUGGCGUCUCUCCAAGAUGGUGGGGUACGGGCAUUGCAAAGGAAGCAUCCAAGGCAAUCAUGCAGUGGUCCGCUACUGCCCGAGGAGUCAAAAGGUUCAUCGCCGAGACGGAGAGAGAAAACACGAGGAGUGCGGGACUGCUGCAAAAACUCGGUUUUACCCUAAGCGGGACCAACUAUUGGAAGGAGCCCAGUGAACUUGAAUGGCAUUGUGCUGUCGAAUGA